AUGGAGUUUUUUCACCUUUCUGCUGUGAUGGAAGAGAAAACAAAGGUGCCCGUUAAAAGGGUCAAAUACACGGAGCACUUGAGCCUGAGCACGACCGUUACAAGACCGACGGAAUAUUCCGUUUCCGUCGGGGAAAAAUCUUCUCCAUAUGAGACGUCCGUUAGGACGGUGCGGAUUUCCGUCACCGACGCCGACGCCACGGAUUCCUCCGGCGAUGAGGAGCUCGGCGGCGUCGGAAGGCGAAGAGUGAGGAGAUAUGUCCACGAGAUCAGGAUACGUCCUUCCGGCGGCGGAGGAUACGGCGCUGGAGAUUUUUUGGGACCCAGUGAUUGGGAUUGUUGGGACAGUAUGCUUAGCGGGUCAAACAUCGCCCCGGAUUUCUGGGUCGGAUCAUCCAGAUGGCAGGCGGAGGACUGCUUUCAAGACUUUGGUGACGUUUUCGGGUCGGAUCCUCUCGUUGCCCUUUCAGGAUUUUGA